GCAUUUUGAAUCCGGCGCGCGAGGAGGUUCCUGAGCGGGCCGUUACACUCUCCGGAUUUCAAUUCAGUGGAGGAAUAUGGCGGCUGGAGGCACCUAGGCUCACCGCCGAGUCCGUUCUUGGAGACAGAAGAGCCCUCGCCUCGGCCCCGUUCUAGCGUGUGGAAGCUUCCAAGAAUAAGUGAAUGUUAUUUCGAAGUAUUGCCAGAAGGAGAGAAAGGAUAUGAAGCGAACUGAAGCCUAAUAGGACCAUCCCUGGAGGCAGGUGGCUGCGUGUGGUGUGUGGCCUGUGGAUGAGGACCAUCAUGUCCGGUGCCAGGAAGAGGUUGUAACUGGAGUUGCCCACUUUGUCUUCUUCUUACUUAGGUUGUGGACCGUUUUCCUGACCUUCCUUCCCCUUUCCUAAUGCAGGAUGGGGACAGCGAGGGUGACAGUGGGUUCGUGACACCAGACAGCACCACCAAAGAGAGGGAGUCACGCUUCGUAGAGGGCCAGGAUGUACUCUCGCAUGGAAAGGACGGCCUGUAUUAUCUAGGAACUAUAGUUGUGGUUGACAGUGAAAAUGAACGUUGCCUGGUGCAGUUUGAGGACAGCACGGCCCACUGGUCCCUCUACAAAGACCUCACCAAGCUGAAACUGCCUGAAUCUGAUGAUCUCUGUGUUAUAUGCAAGUCUUCCAAAAGCUGGGAUACAAAUGAAAUUGUUUUGUGUCACAUAUGUGAGCAAGGCUACCAUCAAGAUUGUCUCCAGCCAAGGAUAGGGAAGGAAUAUUGUGAGCCUGAUAGCCAGUGGGAGUGUCCAAGGUGUGCAGGCCACUCAGCCAUGGAGAAAGAAGAACGGAAAAAAUCAAGGGAGAAUUCUCCACGCAAGCAGCGACCACGGCCACAGCAGCAACAACCUGAGAAUACCAAACUAGACCUGCCAUAUGAUAUUAACAGCUUAACAUGGGACCAAGGUCACAAAAGCAACAGAGAGCAGACGUACUGCUACUGCGGUGGACCAGGAGAAUGGUAUAACCGCAUGCUUCAGUGCCAACGAUGUAAACAGUGGUUCCAUGAAGCCUGUGUUGAUUGUCUACAUCUGUCCCUCUUGUAUGGUGAUAGGUUUUAUGUUUUUGUAUGUGCUUUGUGCAAUGAAGGAACAGAAUUCCUUCAUAGAUUAGAUGUGAAGUGGGUAGAUGUUGUGCAUCUAUCAAUAUUUAAUCUAACUUUGCAAGAUUCCAAAACUUACUUUGAGUAUGAGGACACCAUCACACAAUGGAUCAAUGACAACUGGGAAUUAUUGCAAGCACCACUAGGGCUUCAAAACAUUCGAGUUAGUGAGAGGAAACACGAAGUAUUAAGAGUUCUGGAAGGAAACAGACCAAGGUUUAAAUGUGGUCGGGAAAUUAAAAAGAAAACCAGUAUAUGGGGCCUAAGAGUACGUGUCCCACCCCCUGUGCCAGCUAUUACCCUACCUGCCGUGGGUGUUAUCACAGAAGACUCCAUCAAACACAUAACGCUAAGAAACAAAAAGACUCGCAAUGCAGAUAGCCCUCCAAUCCCCCGAAGUUACAAGCUGCGCGAGGACAAGCAGGAGGAGGUGGACGAGGCUUUGGCACGGUUCAGCCCGGCCAAGAAGCGAGCCCUGUCACCCAGUACCCUUGAGCAGGAGGAGGAGAGUCCCAACAGCGGCAGUGUUAGACGAAAGAGAAAACGCGAGUUGGACAUUCUCAUGGAUGAUAAAAAGGUUGGAGUAAGAUGUUCCAAUGUAAACUCCUUAUUCCAGGCAAAGAAAAUGAUAGAAGAAGUAGGAUCGGUUAAAGCCAAUAGUACAACAGGAUCACAAGCCCCGGUGAAAAGAAAACGAGGCCGGCCGCCCAAGAACCAGCAGAACCUGCAGUCAGCAAAUGACCUGCGUGAUUUGAAACAGAAAAGGGCACAGAAGCUUUUGAAAGAGGCGUUGAAACAGGGCAAAGGUUUGCGGCCAGUUACCAAGUCAGGCCUUGGGAUAACCACCCCAAAUUCUAUCACUCCGGGAGACACAAGCGGUGAUGAGACCUCCUCGCAUGGCACACUUGAUUCCUUCAUUCCUCCUCCAUCCAACUUCGAGGGCCAGAACAAUCCCUUCCUGAAUCUCGACUCUCUCAGUUAUGGCAUGCCAGUCAUCAGACCCCUAAAGCGAAAAUUAAAUGAGAACGACAUCCGCAUUGGCAAAAAUGGGGAGGUAAAGCGGAGACGCUUCCGCAAAAAGUGCGACAAGGCGAAGCUAAUGUUCCUACUACAGAAUGGCGCCAUCAAUAUGAACGGUGGAAAUGAUAUCAGGUUGAAUGGCACCAACAGCAUAAAGAAUUGUGUGGACUAUGCACUAAGUGGGAGGCUGAAUUCCAGCAACAAGAUGGAGGAUGGUAGUGAAGGAGGCGAGGAUGCCAAAGUGGGUGACACUGGUUUCUCAUAUAGUGACCUGAAGUCAACCGUUAAUAAUUACUUCGGGGCCGCAAACAGAAUAGCGAAUGGUGAAAAGUUCCAUGUGUUAGCGAGGAGAGUAAGUCUUGAAGAGAAAGUCCAGUACCUCAUAGAAUGGGACUGUCCGAGUUCCUCCUAGGCCAAGGUGUAAAGCCUUGUCUUUAUUCUUCAUCCAUCUAGACUCUAGCGGCAAUGAAACAUUUCCUGUGUUUCGUUGGCAUUUCAACUCUUGUGAUAUUACUCUUGAGUCUGAAGUGCUUCCUCACCGCUGCAGUCAAAGUGGAUGAAGGAUUUAGUCAUUUUGUUGAGCCAUUAGUUGUAGUACGAAGGUUUAUUCUUGCAAAGUCAUUUUAGAUAUGCAGAGCAAGAAGGUGGAGUCAGUUGUGAAUGCAAGACUUGCAUAAGGCACCAACCCUAUAACCACAUUAAGACUGUGUUCAUCAUACACUGCCAGAAUGAACGAUACAGAGUGCGCGAGGUUUGUGUCAUGCAGUGAGCAACCUCAUUUUUUUAAGUUUUGUGAUAUGGUUGCUUUGGGUGAACAGGGCAGAUAGAGCAAAAUAUUUUUAAAUGUUUAAAUUCUCAAGAACUAUGGUAGUGGAAAAAGUGCGGGAAGUGAGAACAUUUAAAAUAACUGUGACUUGUGGAUGUGACCAGUGAUAUUGAGCGAUACUGGAAUUACCCUUAGCAACCACAUACAAACAUUUGUACUAUUUGUUUAGUCAUGUACAUAAGUCGUGUAUUUGUUUUAUGGUUACAAUUAUCUGGUGAAAUAAACUUCAGACUUGUGUUCGUGUAUGACUGAGGGUGAGUGAUUCCAAAAGAAGAAACAGAAGGACACUUGCGACAGGGCACUUGGAAGUUGUUCGAGAUGAGGCUGAGUGUCUGCCUCCUGUUGAGGAUGUAAGUUUGAGUGGCUCAUUAACUUAUUAUUAUUAUUAUUAUUGUUGUUAUCAUCAAUAUUCUUAUUAUUAUUUUCUUUAUUAUUUUUUAUCAUUAUCAUUGUUAUUAGUAUUAUCAUUAUUAUAUUAUGAUUUUUACAGUAAUUUAAAUCUUAUGUUAUUAAUAUGAUUUUUCGUUAUUGCUACUAUUAUUAUCAUUAUCGGUAAUGUUUAUUACUUUUUUACUUCUGGUGUUGCAUUUUAAGUUAAUUAUUAUGGUUAUUUUGAUUAAUGUUUUCAGUUGUCAUUUGUAUUGUAAAUAUAAUUAUGAUUAUGAUUAUGAUAAUUUGUAAUCAUAGUUAUAAUGAUAUUAGCAAAAGUAGAUUUGUUUCUUUUUUAUUGGUAUUUGUAACAGUAUUAUGAUUAUCUCCAUGAACAUCUUUUUGAUAUUAUUUUCUUUAGUUACUUAAUAUUUUUUUCUUUUACAUUUUUAUCAUUACGAUUAUGGUAUUUAUGCAUGAGAAGCCAUGUUGUGUGUAUCCACAUGGACGCAUUUGUAACUUGUUUUGUUGCCAAAGAUAGCCAACAGAGUGUGGGGCAUGCAGUAGGAGGUGGUCAGGUUAUACAGAAAGAUUCGCAUAGAGCAUUGUCUGGGUCCUCUUUUGUUAAGUAACGUAUUCAUCAGUAAGUCCGUUGUUGGGGAGGGAGGGUGUACAGAUGUUUUGGAGGAAAUGGUAUUUUUGAUGGUUUUUCUUUUAGUUUUAUAUAUAUAUUUUUUAAUUGUAUGUUUUUUGUGUUUUUUUUUGUCAUUGCUGCGUCAUUCAGUUCAGCGGGGGUUUAACCUGAUGUUUCAAUCCCUACUGCUUGCCCUUUAACUUUCACUGCCACUAUUCCAUCGUGCUCAACUUGUAAGAUGUUUCAAGCAUUGCAGUGUGUGACAUUCCAAGAGUCAGAGAUCUGUCUGAGACAUGUACCAUUUACUGCCAUUGACUAUAGAUGCUAGAGUACCUUAUUUCUGUCCUCUUUGUAUACAUACCUAUUGAUGACAGUACAAAACGUUAUCAUGCAUCAAUCUUCCGUGACAUGUACUAAGUGAAAGUAAUGCAGAAAAAAAAAAAGUUGAUUUUAGCAUGGCACUUGUAACAGUUGAUGAGAGAUGCUGCCUAGUUGAUAGUUUUCAGUAUUUAAUGACAGAUAUAUAUAUAUAUCAGGAAAUUUUAACCCACAUUAUUUUCAUAAAUUAACCCUGUCCAUGUCAAGAAGAUAGUUGUUUUUAUUAUUUUUUCAUUAUAAUUAUUAUUAUUAUUAUUUUGAAUGGUGCUUCAUAAUUGUCGUUGACUAUUUGUUAUAUAAAAAUGUGAAAAAAAUAAUUGAAAAACAUAAUUACCCCGAAUAUUUGGCGGAUGCACCGACGCUGAAUUCUUUGGAGAACUCACGACUUUUCCCUUUGUAUAAUGUUUCUUCUGAUUAGUAGUUUGAAUUGGUAUAUGUAUUAGCUCUUACUUUUUGUUUUUGUGAUGUGCACUCAGUUACAAGGCAGAUGCCAUUUCUUUACUUAUGUCCCGUUUAUUUAUUUACUUAAUCAUUUUUUCUUUCCUUUUUUUUUCAUAUGACAAUUUUCAAACUAGACUGUUGUGUUAAUGUAAAGUGCCCCACUGCUGACUUCGUUCCCACAAUCUCAGGUUUGAUGCAAGUUAAUGCUAUUCUUAUAUGCCCACUUUAUUCCCAACUUUGCCAUACACAGAUUACAUUGAUUUCUUUCAAGGUCUUAUUUUCCACAGCGUUGUUGAAAUGCUGAUUUGAAAGAAAUGUCCAUUCCUUCUCUCUCUUGCUCAUCUGCCAAUAAUAUCAACUUGAAACACUGCCUUUAUUUUUUUUUCCCAAUUGUUUUAUCAUAUUGCCUCAUUAUAUGACCAAUAUUAUUAUAACUAUUAUUAUUGUUUUUAUUCUAUUUUAUUUCUUUUAUCUUUUACUAAUCUCAUUAUCCCCCGGAAGCAGGGUUGCACUGAGCUAAAUACUUGAAGUACUGAGGAGAUUGAGGUAUAGUGUAGGAACGAUGUUUUCUCCUGCAGUAUUAAAGUCUCGAGUGGUUGCUCUGAAACAUGUCAAAUUUUCUUGUUGCUAAGACAGAUCCAAUUUUUGUAGAAAGAUGAGAUUAUAACAAAACCAUUAUACCUCAGAUCUGCCAAGAUAAUCGUAGACAGAUAGGUUUGACCAUCAGUACCAUUUCCCUGACUUGUCUUAUUUAGCUCGUCUGGUAGUCUAGUCAUUUUUUAGUUUCACAAGUCAGCACAGGCAAUAGACAUGGAAUGACCCACCUAAGUUGUCUUGUAUCUCCUUUUUUUCAGUUAAUUGAUAAUGAUUAUUGUAUUUAUUUAUUUUGAUUUUCAUAUUGAACUAUUGAGGGUUUUUUGUAACUUGAGUACAUGCACAUUUCCAAGUUAAUGCAAGACGUGUACUCAUUUCUAUUCACUAGAAAGGUUACUUGUAAUCAGUUGUUGUGCACUUACUGUAGAACUGCUAUGUCCCUUGAUGAUUUAGCAGUCUACUUAUCAUGAUGAUUAUCAUAUGUCCUUUUCAUUUUUGCAAACUUUUAAUGAUAUUUUUAAAGUUCUUAUUCCUGAUUGUUUUCAUUCCUUUUAUACAAAACACAAGUGAAGUCAGUCAUAUCAUGAUCGCGUGCACCAAGCUACAUUGGUGCUAGAGGGAGCAUGUGAAGGUAAAAGAAAGUGACACCAUUUGUACCAACAGGGUACAACAACCAAUGAAGUGUAUACUGUGUUGAUACAAAUUUUCCCCCUAGGUUUUAAUUGGAAUGACACUGUGCUUGAUGCAAAGGGGCUUGGCUUCGGCUCGAAACCCAGUCUCUCUUACAGGGAACCAGAUCCUCAAAAUCUAGUUUUUUUCUACUAGUCCAUAUUUUCCCUGUAAGCAAGUGAUUUCAAGUGAUUUUUUUUUUUUUUUUUUUUUUUAUAAAUUCUUACCAGUCACAAUUUUAUUUGCCCGUGUGAGCUUUGUAUCCUCCUCCUUUUAUAUUGUAAUUUGCCAUUAGUACCAGUCUUCACAAUAUUUUAAAAUUGUGAUAAGUGGCAUCUGUAUCCAGGAAGCAUAUCUUGUUCCUUUUUUUCUACUUUUUUUUCAGUUGUAUGUAUAGUCUUGUGGUAAAGUUUGAUGUUAUGAAAUGAAUGAAUGUCUUAUCCAAGUCAAAGAUUUCCACUUCUUUUGGUCUUGUAUUUGCUUUCAUUUACUAAAUAUAUAUGAUAUUUUUAGAAUGAAAGAAGCAUAUAGAAAAUAGUGUAUUGACAUUCGAUAUUAAGGUUGGACAAAAUUGUAUUCAGGAUUUGUAUAGAGAGAAAUCAAAUGAGUUGAUUUGUAUUUUCAAGAAAGUUGGUGUUGAAAAUUUAUAUUUGUUUCAAGAAAGGGAUGUGUAUACAGUAUAUAUGGCUGGCACAAUAGUUGUGUAGUAAGACUUUACCAGGAUUUGUCAUUGUUAUAUACAUAUAUACACAUUGGUCUCAUGGUGCCCAAGCCUGAACUGUGGUCUGUUUGAUAAAGAGGGUUUGCAUCAUCUCUACCCAUAAAGAAAGAUAUCUUAUGUUUUUAUACUGAUACAUUUGAUGACUGGCUCAUCACUGAUAUCUAAACAUUUUCAUAUCCCAAAAUAUUUGACAGGCAAAUAUUUUAUUUUUUCUCAUACAUUUCAGCAUAGUUUGGACGGUAGUUGUGACGAUUUUAAAUGCACAUGUUUUUAGAAUGUGUGUUCCUUUUCUGCUUCUCUGACUGCAUAACCAUAGCACAGAAACAAAUGCUCAGGGUACCGAGAGAUGCGGCUUCCCCCCCGCUUCCCAUAAUAACUUUACCAUGUUGGUAAGUGAUGGACUGUCAGAGUGGGAGGUUAUCUCCAGAUGUAAGAUUGUAUUUUCACUUGUGAUGGCUAGGCAGCACAUGGUCGUUUUUAUUAUCACAUCCUGUAGGGGUUUGUCCCAAUAGUACAAAUUGCUUCCUGUACGAACUGGGAAUUUUUGUCGUUUCGUUUUAGAUCUGUUAUAAAGAAAUGUUAACUCCGAAUUAAAAGACUAUGUUUGAGUUUAACAAAUUGUUGUUUUUGAAUUUUUAUGUCUGGAAACUGAAAACUCCAAGAUUGGGUUCCAUGUAGUAGAUUAUGAAUAAAAAAAACUGAUUUUCA